CCCGUGCUUAAAAUAGAUUUUAUCACGUGACUUACGGGAAUUUCCAUCCAUUUUGACAAAGUUUUCAUUUACGAAAAUGUAUCAGUUUCACUUUCAUUCGUAAGAAAAAGGUCAUCCUGGUGCAGGAAUAGUUAAGGAUGUCUCAGGUUAUAAAGAAAGGGCCAUGGAGUGAGGAGAGGAUGCUGGGAUCAGGUGGAUUUGGGGCUGUCACACUGUGGAAAAAUGAGGAGACUGAUGAGAAGAUAGCUUUGAAGCGAUGUCGUUUACAGAAUGAGAUGACAGAGAAGCAUAAACAGAGGUGGAUUUUAGAAAUUCAGAUUAUGCAGAAGUUACAACAUGAGAAUGUCAUCUCUGCCAUGGAUGUACCAACCAUUCUUGAUGUUAUGCCAAAUGAAUUACCGUUACUGGCCAUGGAAUACUGCUCUGGGGGAGAUUUAAGGAGGAUAUUAAAUCAGCCACAGAAUUGUUGUGGAUUGAAGGAGUUUGCAAUACGCUCACUGAUACAUGACGUCUCUGCGGGGUUAGAAUAUCUACAUGGAAAAAAGAUCAUACAUAGAGACUUAAAACCAGAAAAUAUUGUCCUUAAUACCGUGGAAGAGAGGGUUGUGUAUAAGAUAAUUGAUCUUGGUUAUGCCAAAGAAUUGGAUCAGGGCAGUGUAUGUACAUCAUUUGUGGGAACAUUGCAAUAUCUUGCUCCUGAGCUGUUUGCCAGUCAGAAGUAUACAUGCACAGUAGAUUACUGGUCAUUUGGAACUGUAGUGUUUGAGUGUAUAACAGGUUACCGUCCAUUCCUUCCUAACAGCCCGCCCGUCCAAUGGCAUAAAGAAGUGUGCAAGAAAUCUCCAGAAGAUAUUUGUGCAAAAAUAGAUGAUCAUGGAGAAGUAAAGUUUUAUAAAACAGUACCAACAACAAAUAGAUUAAGCAGAUCUAUGCAAACAUACCUUGAACAGUGGCUGCGGAACAUGUUACGAUGGGAUCCCAAGGCUAGAGGGGGCGGGCUUGUGAAGGCAGGGAGACCAGCAGUAUUUCAAAUGCUAGAUAAUAUUCUUCAAAUGAAGAUUAUAUACAUACUAAAUGUAGCUUCGAAUGAGUUGUUAACCUACCCUGUGAUAGACCAACACGACAUGUCCGACCUACAUAAACGUAUAGAGGAGGAAACAAAGAUUCCUGUACCAGAACAAGAUAUUAUACUCGCUAACGGGGUCACUCCUGAGAAGGAAAAACCGGCCUCGCAAUGCUGGCUCGAACCUACUGAGGAGGGAAGUUAUGUAUAUUUAUUUCAACACGGUAGCAGAGAUUUUGAGGCAGGGCUAACCAAGAAUAAACUAUUACCUGCGGCAGUACAGACCAUUGUCAAAGAACCUCAAGCUAUGAUACCAUUUAAUGAUCAAAAGAAAUGCUGGGCAGAGUCAGUAUUCUACUGUGAGGAUCAGUAUUUAGAAUUUAAAAGAAUUGUCCUUAGUCAAAGAGCUGCAAUAUUAAGUUUAAUUAGAAUAGAUUCAAUAUUUGUGAAGGCAAAGAACAAGAUGACUUACGAAGUUGAUCAAAUGAAAACAAAGUGUAAAUUCUUCUUAGAAAGCUUAGAGCAUGACAAGAUGUUUUACAAUGAGCAGGCCAGCAAUGGUGGAGUCAGUUCAGACGCUAUGUUUUCAAAAUGGUUAAAGAUGCAGAAAGAAGUCCAGACAUUUUUACAGAUAGAAGAAAGAGUGUCAGAGUUAGAAAGUCAAGCAGUUGCCUUACAAACCAAAAUAGUAGAACUACAGAAAAGUCCAUUUGCUAGAACGAAGCAGGAUGAUACACUGGAGAUACUAUCAAAGCAAGCAAGAAGUGUUUAUCAAGAAUUCAGACAAACUGCCAGAGAGAACAGAGAUGCUGUGAAGGACCAGAAACCAAUGGUUACUGUUGUUGUGAAGGUUGUGUUGUGGAGAGACAAGAAAUUACCAGAUUUAUAUGCUCAUAUAGGGAAAAUUGGUGCUUGUAAAGCUGAUGUACAUAUGUUAUUACCUCAAGUAGAGGAAUGUAUACAACAUAUACAAGCUAACUCGAAGAAAUUGUUAGAAUAUCAAAAACAACGACAAACUGCAAUAUGGAAACUCCUUGAGAUCACUGUCCAACAAGUUAAGAAAUCUCAACCAGACUCACCACAGGGUCCUACAGACUCUAUGGAUGUGUCACGUAUGGUUGCCCCACCAGUGUUGCCGAGUCCGGAGUUGUCAACCAGUACUCACAGUAAUAUGAGCACACCGAGUAUGUUACAGUCUAUAAUGAGCAUGUCAGCUAGUGUAGAGUCUCUGAAAGCCUUAGAUGACUGCAGGGCUACCUCUAAAAUGUUUGAAGAGACUUUAGGAAACCUUUUGGAUGAGCAGGAGAGUUUUACAACAAUGAUAAGUGACCUUCAAGUAUCUACAACAGCAAGUUCAGUAAACACAUGACGUCUGCAGCAUUACAUUUCCUUAACACAUCCCUUGCAUUGAAACAAAAUAGUUCUAACAUAGAAUGAUUCCUGGCCUAUGUGGAACAAUACAAUUAGAUGAAGAAUUUGUUAUGAAGAAUCAAAGACAGACAAGGAGCAAUACAGUUUGUCAUUUACUUUACAGAAAUCUGUGAAAAUGUCUUAAAACAUGUAUAUUAGCUAUAAAUGCAAUAUUUACCUAUAUAGUAUCUUACAGGAGUAAUCGUUAUAUUAAACAAUGGCUUACUUUAAACUUAUAAUAUUCCUGGAUUAAGGGGCGUCCGUGGCCGAGUGGUUAAGGUCGUUGACUUCAAACCACUUGCCCCUCACCUCUGUGGGUUCGAAUCUCGACAGGGACUUUGGAUUCUUUCAUGUGAGGAAGCUAUGCAGCUAGCUUACGGAACAUCGGUGGUUCUACUCAGGUACCUGUUCGUGCCUGAAAUAAUGCACGGAAGGGCACCUGAGGUCUUCCUCCACCAGUAAAGCUGGAACGUCGCGAUAUGACCUAUACUGUGUCGAUGUGACGUAAAACCCAAAACAAACAAACAAAAUUCCCGGAUUAAAUUUAAAUUAUUUUUUAUGAAAUGUGAAGAAAAUGUAAUUUUUUUUUUGUGACACGAUUUAAUUGUAAUGCCAGAAAAUGUAAAAAAUCCAACAUUUGCAAUUUGAGAGGCAAUGAAACAUGUGUAAUGGAAAGAAAUAUUUAAUGGUUAUAUUACGGUUAAAUUACAGUAAAUGCAAGUGAUGUUAUGUGAUCAUGUAGAUACUUGGAUACUUGUAUAAUAUAUUGUACAGUACAUUUUUUUUUAAUUGCCUUUCUUUUUCAAUAUCUUUCCAUUAUUUUUAUGAUAAACUCAUUUUCCUGUACAUUUCAGUUUGCUUACUUUAUAUUUAAAAAUAUCUUUGAAAAAUGCUCUUAAAUUGGGUAAAAAAUGGCUGCCACAUUCACAGACAUAUUGUUUAUAUUAUUCAUUUAAAAUCAUUUAAAUCUUAGUCUUACAUUGUAGUAGUAGAUAUAUGUAUACCUAUUAAGUUAUGUAGUCACUAAGAAAUAUUAUUGAACUCGUAUAGACAUUUCCAUUAUUAUCUGUUUAAGAUUUAUUUUUUUCAUGUCUAAUAUUACAUUUAGUAUUUCUAUAACAAUCAUAAAAGGCUUCCUAUGGUGUCAAAAAUUGUGUCUCCAAAUUUUUUUUUUUUUUUUUAGUUCAAGGGAUCAGUGUAUAUGUGUGAGUGAAGAUAUUUAGAAGGUUUUAUUAUACAUUAUCUAAAUGCCUAUAGCUUGUUAAGUUUACCUUUACCUUAUGAAUGCAUGAUAUACAUAAUGGCGGCUAAAAUUUAUUAUAAUAAAAUUAUUUAGUUUCCAAUCAUUAACUGGAAAAUAGGUUUUUUUUCGUCUUAGAUUGAUAAUUUCUACAUACAAAUACUUAUUGUAAAACAAGAUUUUGUAACUUUAAUCAUUAUCUAGUCCUUUUCUGGAACCAACCAUUGCCUUAUAUGGUUGUUACUUGAACAUGGGGUUGAAUCCUCUAUCCCAGUAUGAAUAGGCAUUCACAAGAUUUACUAAGCCACCUCUUGUAUUGUUACACAUACAAUGUUUGCCAGGGUAACCUGUAAUCUUAAUGGAUGGAAGAAAUCAAAAAUGGAUAGCACUUAAUUUCAUUUCAUUUUAAAUUGCUACUUACCUGAUGAAAACGCUAAAAAUAACCUGUUACUUG